AUGUCCUCUCCCGCCUUGCCAUCGGAGACCGACGGUGCGAAUGACUUACGGCCAGGAAGCAACGGUCAAAUACAUCCGCCUUCUCGUCGCCGCGGAAUGCCGAUCGAAGAGCAACGCAGUAACUCUUUCGAAGAUUCUCGGGACACUUGUGCAGGUGACGAGCGCAUGGCUUUCAUUUCCCCAAGUAGUUCGGGCAUUUCUGAGAACGAGACCUUGAAGGCCGCAUCCGGCUCGACUGCGUCGGAACAACACCCUCACAACCGUGAAGCUGCAAGGCUCUCGGAAGGCGAGACAUCGUCACAUCAGAAAGAGCAGAAUGCACUGCCUCGCAACGACACGACCCCCGAAUCGGCAUGGACAGUAUGGUGGAUCGAGAUAUUCAGCAGCAUCUUGGCGCUGGCGUGUAUCAUUGCCAUGGUCGUCGUUCUUUACCUUCACCAAGGGCAACCGCUUCCUAGAUGGCCUAAGCUUAUAUCGAUCAACUCCCUCAUCGCCAUCUUCACGGCCAUAUUCAAGGCCUCACUUAUACUUCCGGUCGCCGAAGGCCUUGGACAGCUGAAGUGGAACUGGUUCGAUCGGUUUCAUAAACUGGGUGACCUUGUCGCUUUUGAUAAUGCGAGUCGAGGGCCGUGGGGCUCAUUCCUACUAUUGAUGAAAUGCAUCCCGAGACCGGAUAGAGGAUACUUGGCAGGGCUUGGUGCUCUCAUCACAGUCGCAGCCCUGGCAAUAGACCCUUUCUCUCAGGCAAUGAUUAGCCAUAACUCUUGCGAGAUCACAGCAGACUUUGGUCUAGCUGAAGUGUCUCGGACAAUCAACUAUUCGGGCAAUAUGGAUACUUAUGAAGGUAUAGGCGCCGUUAUCAAUCAACCAAUGUUAAGGGCAAUCUACAGGGGCCUUGUAGAUCUCCCCAAGCCCGGAGAACUCGUCGACUUCGCCUGUACUUCUGGCAACUGCACGUUUGAGCGAGAUGGCGGUGGAAGCUACUCCUCGUCUCUUGGAGUUUGCCAUCUUUGUGACGACGUCACGGAAAAGGCUGUUAAUGUCAGCGAAAAGGGUCCCUCAGGCCACACGAUUACUACAUGGCACCUUCCAUGGAGCGUCGACAUGACGGCGGAGAGGCUCUUUAAGGUCAGGGGUAGCGGAAGACAUGUUACGAUGAGGCCGACGCCCGUUCUGGCGUACGAAAACAGGACCGCCCCCACCGGGCUCUGA